UUAAACCACUAGUUGAAAACCUCUUCACCACACAUUGAUUCCCUUAUUAGUUCGUGGCACACAGGCCAAAUUGGACGUGAUUAUGUUCGGACUGCGAAAGUAAUUUGAUCAUCAACACCAAGAAGCAACUUCAAUAUCUGAAUUUUGGUGAAUUUCGGAUUCCAGAUAAUCAAGAUAAUGGAUGUGGACACCGGUUUAGGCAUUGUGGGGAACUUUGGAUGGCUUCAAGCGGUUGUUUUCGUUGCAAAUGGCCUGGCAUUUUCCAUAUCCGCCCUGCAAAUGACAUCGAUGCCAUUCACAAUCGACCAAUCAAUAGACUUCUACUGUAAUCCACCGCCAGGCUUCACAGCUAAUCAGACGACGCCUUUGAUCUACAAAGAUGGCGGCUACGUACGUGAUGGGUGUAACGUGUACGGAGUCUCAAAUGGUACAUUGACGGGUGAUAUAAUGAAAUGUCAGAACGGCUGGAAAUACGUGGCUGAAUACGGCGAAACGAGUUCUGUUACAGAUCUCAAUCUAGUCUGCGACAGCGGUGUUCUAGCCAGCCUCCUAAUGUCUCUGCAGUUCGUAGGGGUAGCCCUCGGCUCUGUCGUCAUGGGACAGGCGGGAGACACGUUCGGACGGCGUCUGGUUGCGAUGGUUUCAACGGCUUUUAUCGCUCUGUUCGGAACCGUCAUCAGUUUCACCUGGAACGUUUAUCUCAUGGCUGUAUUGAGGUUAUGUCUUGGUUUUGUUCUACCGGGGUGUUUGAUUGAAUGUUACGUGCGCAUGAUCGAGAUGUUCACCACCGAGAAGAGACUGCUGGGCCAUAUUUUGGCGCAGAAUUUCUGGGCCGUCGGUAUCCUCCUGAUCGCCUUGUUUGCCUUUCUCAUCCCGAACUGGAGACAUUUGCAGUUGGUAAUUUCUCUGGGCAUUCUUCCAUUCGGUCCUCUCCUAUGGUAUUCGUACGAAUCUCUAAGAUGGCUCGUCCAAAAAGACCGUCUCCAGGAGGCUGGGGCCAUCCUAGAGAGGAUCGCUAAAUCCAAGAAUAUUCACUACCCACCGGGAUUCCAACUCACCAGAAAGCCACAAAAGAACAUCAACCAUGACAGUCAGGGCAACUUGAGCGACUCUGGGGAAGAGGUCGAGGCUAUGGCUAAAUCAUUGGACGAGAAGAGGGCGCCCCUCAAGAAGUACAACGUUCUCGAUCUGUUCCGGACUAGAGUUCUCAUGAAGAACACACUUAUCAUCUACUUGUGUUGGUUUGUGAUGGACUCAGUGUAUUACGCGCUGUUAUUUUACUCCACUUUGUUGGCGGGAAACAAAUACCUAAACUUCUUCCUGAUGGCGCUCGCAGAAACACCAGUCUACUUUAUCGACUUUUUCAUCGUGAGAAGGUUUGGCCGCAAGAGACCCUUAGUGUUUUUCUUCUUCGCCAGUGGUGUAGCCUGUUUUCUGGUGGCGUUUCUACCGUUUGAAACAGCAAGUGGAACCAAUCUCACAGCACUGAUUGUCGCCUCUGCAAUGGUUGGAAAGUUCUACAGUUGUGCUACAUUUGAGCUGACCAUACUAGUCGGUGCAGAGGUCUUUCCGACCGUGCUCAGAUCUAUAGGAACUGGAAGCGCUUCCACCAUUGGGAGGGUCGGUGCCAUAGUUGCUCCAUUUGUUGUGUAUUUGAAGGAAGUCGUCUACUUCCUCCCAAUGACUAUACUUGGUGUCUCUUCGCUGGUAGUCUGCGUGUGCGUCACGAUGCUACCAGAAACCAAGGACAAACCGUUGCCGGAAACCUACGAAGACAGCAGCAAAGAACCGCGUGUUUGAUUUGUAUACCGCCCUCUAUAGACGACGACUCAUGUAGUUGUGGCUACACAAACGCUAUAAACUCCCACAGUGCAAAAAGCUAAGUAUUACUAAAUACACGAACAAAACAAAGACGUCUCAUAGCUUUUAACAGUAAAGAAGAACAUUGUUUAUUGCCUCUUGAACUUUAAUCCUCUGCUCAAUUAUUACAUUAUUAUUACUAUAAAUAUAAGAAGGGAAGUCCUAGUGCGCGUCAGGUUAUUUUCCCGCCAAGUUAAAACACCUCAACACCAGUGUAAUUUUCCAAACGUACACGCAUCAAUCUUGAAAAAUGUCCCUAGACUUCUCAACAAAUGACAUAUUGUUUAGGGCCUAUGUUAUCCAAAAUACCUCAAGUUGGAUGUUAACAACCCCCAGGUCACAAUUAUGCAAAGUUUUUAUACACUGAAACCCUUUUGGGGGGCUCUCAAAUCUGUCUAAUAAUCAUGGAAUAUUUGAGAGCCUAUACACAAAUUUAAUGUACUCGACACGCUGUUUUCUUCUUAUUUAUUGGGGUGCACCGUUUAUGAAGUAUGUGAUUUUGGUCAAGAGGGGAGAGCUUCAGGAUAAAAAAAAAACGUCGCGGGACGAAAGCUCAACAAUUUGUUUCUCUUUACAGUUCAUAAUUUAAUAGUUUAAUAAAUCUCAGUUGUUUGGUAGUUGAAAAUUGGUUUGUAUUUUUUCAGUACGGUGCAAGUUUACCAUUUAUAUUAUGGAAUUGCGCUGUAUAAGAGCUGUUAUUGUUAUAAUUACUAUUAAUUCUUUGUUGAAGCAACCUGAACACAAUAAUGUAUCAAUGACUCUUUUGAGGAGGUGCAAAAUAGUGAAGAACAUUUCAACGAUUCUUUGUUUAAAGAAACGUUACAAAAUUGGUAAGAAAAAGUCGUGAAGAUCACAGUUUUACAUAAAAGUUACACCGUGUCUAAGGAUGAUGAUACGUAGAAGAAUACACCCCUUGAAAUAUUUCUGUCUGAAAUGUCAUGAUAUUGUUUGAAUAGAAAUAAGUAAAAAUACUUUUCCCGUU